CAGAAUCAGGAAGUGAAGUUGAGAUUUGUUUUUUCUUUCCAUCGUCAGAGAAAAAGAUCCUUCACGUAUUAUUUCUCCUGUUAUUCCUGCUUUUUUGUGUUUGUGGAAGUUUAAAAACGUACAGCACAGUAAAAGCUGGCAGGAAGGAGAAGCUUCCAGGUCUCACAGAUACAGCUUCGCCAUGCCUCUGUUCCGAGCACCAGGUGCAUGUAAUGGGGGGAAAGCAGGGCAAAGGAGGUGGAAAAGAAUGAAAUGGAAGGGGAGCAAGAGGAAGAGGGAUGAGGAUGACAACGCGCUCCCCUCCCUGACAGAGCUUUGUCUUUUUAGCCUUGCGGACAACAUGAAGGAGGUGUGGGUGAAAGACUACGCUGACAAAUACCUGGAUCGGUAUUCAUUUAGGCACAUCAUGGGGCCUUUCAACUUGCUGCCAGGAGACCUGGUCGAGGAGCUCACGUGUCUGCUGUCCAAAAGGAAGCAGUUAUCCCGAGCAGCGCUUCACCUCCUACUGGUGCCACAACUCCAUAACCUGUCAUUGGAGAGGUGUCCUGGUCUGGUGACCUCUGCCAUGUGUACCCACAUUGCUGCACGUUGCCAGGGUCUGUGGAGUCUGGAUCUAUCUGGGGCUCAGCAGCUGCCUUCAAAAGUGCUGUCUGCAACUCUCUGCUGUCUCCCUGAACUCCGCUCUCUCUCUCUGGCUGGUACGCCUUGUGACAGAUGCGUGAUCAGGACGAUUACCCACCACUGCCCUUUGCUGCGCCACCUGGAUGUGUCCCGCUGUCAUUUCCUCUCCCCUGCUUCCCUACUUGUUCUUGUAGGUGGGCCUUUCUGUUCGAGUUCUUCUGGCUCAUCUUUUUGCAGCACCUCUACAUCUCAACCGCCUGUUGCCUCUUCCUCCUCCUCUUCCUCCUCAUUUGCAUCCCCAUCUCCUGUUCCUCUCACCAGCUUACUGGCUCUGGAUAUUGGGUUUGGGGAACAGGAGAAAGACCCUGCAGCAGCAGCAGCCUACCUACUCCUCUCUCUGCCCGGCCUGAAAACAUUGGCCAUGGAGGGCCUGGCACAGGCCUGUCGGCUCAUUGAGCACAGAGAGUUCAGCCAGACAGACGAGUUCAGCAUCAGAGAAGGAGUUCCGAAGCUAAUGGAGGUGUGGAGCGAGAGGAGGCACAGGCAGGACAAGGAUAGGUGGAUGGAGAAGAGAGGAGCAGCAGCAGCAGCAGCAGCAGCAGGGAAUGAGGAACAUGAGGAAGAGGAGAUGUUGUGGGAAGGAUACUGUGAGGACAGUGAUGAAGAUGUAAGUGGAGAUGAAGGGCCAAGUUGCUCUCGAAGCAAAGUGGAGGAGAAAAGGAAAGGGAGGGUUUCAUCACAGUCUGGUGAUGAACAGCUAAUCCUGCAGCUAAAAGAUGUCAAGGGCGUGACUUAUGAGUUUCUGGACAGUUUAGGUCAUUUGUGUCCACACAUCUGCUCCAUAGCUGUGGACGUGAGUGAUAACAAAUAUACUGCAGCAAGAAACCAGGGGUCUGUUUUGGCUGCAGGUCUCCAGACCUGGUCAGGUCAGCUGCAGAGCCUUUCUCUGCUCCACGCAGGCCUUCUGGAUGAUCUGUCUCCUGCAUUACAGGUGACAGGCUCCUCCCUGGUGUCUCUCACUCUGCAGGGGAUGAGAACCAGGCCUCAAUGCCCUCUGCUGGAGAUCAUCAAGGCCUGUCCCAGACUCAGAGAACUGCUCAUCUUUGCCGAGCGUCCUUUAGAGUUUCCCGGAUUUCCAGCCAUCCCAGAGGAGGAUGUGGUGGCUGAGAGGGACGAUCGGGAUCUACCACAGCUGCCGAACCUCUGCUCUCUUACGAUCAAUUUCUCCCACAGUGACAGUCAGAAGAGGCCUCCCAUGUCCUGGCUGUCCCUGGGGAAGGUGCUGAGGUGUCUCUUGAGGGGUUCUCCGUUGCUGGAGAGGGUCUCGCUGGUUGCCCUGCCGUGUCCUCUCAACUACAUUUUGCAGCAUCUCUUGCACAUAAGAAUGUACAACCUACAUCGAUUUGGUGGGAUCGCAGACCUGUAUCCAAUGGCACUGAGGCGGGUGAAGCACAUUGACCUGACGCGGACAGAUGUGAAGAUGACCACGGUGAGAUUUUUGAAGCAGCGCAGCCGUAGACUCGAGUUUGUAGACUUGAGUCACUGCUGGGAAAUCAGUCAGGCGGACGUGUCGAAGUCCAAGAUUUUCAGUGACGUCAAAGUAGUCUGGGUGUAGUGAAGAUGAGCUUCCAACACAGGAGCAACAGUGCCGAAAGUGGGCAAAUAAUAUUUAAUGUUCAAUUAAAUUAAAUGACAUUUAUUCAGAAAAAAAAUCUUUUAUUUGUUAUAUGUUUCACUCUUCAGCAAGUGUUUGUAUUUUCUGCUCACAAAGACGUUUAAAGCCACAUUAUGUUUCACUGUAACGCAACAAAUUAUUGUUAGUAUUGUUAAAAGGAGGCUUCCCAUGUUAAAUUGAAUCCAUAAUCUGAAUUAGAUCCAGAUGAAACUCAACCUGUUGAUUAAGUGUCUUAUCCUGCAAACACGGACAAAAUUUUGUUCAAACCCGAUGACCUUUGACGGUGAACUUUUGAUCAUUUUUGUGGAUUCUUCCCAAAAUUUAUUGGGAACAUACCGAUCCCAAAAAAAUCCGAUUGAUUAGUCUACAGCUGUAGACAGGAAGUUGCUAACAGAAGGAGAAAUUUACAGAUAAAUCAACACUAAUCAAAACAUAAUUAUUUGACAUGUAUCGCAGUCAUCGUAAAUAUCAACGCAUUUGAAAAAUGUGUUAUCAUGAGAAACCUUUUGCUGUAUUUUAGUGUACAUCACGGUAUUACUACGCACUUAUUUUAUAUUACAGACUGAUUUUUGCACAGACAGCAAAAUGCAAUUUUAUAUUAUAUAUUAUUCUUAUUAUUAUGUCUUACAUCAAAACCACCUUCAGUGCCUGAAAACAUGUAACCUGUUGGUUUUCCCAUGGUGUCCCACAAUAAAGUCAAUAAAGAAGGGUUAAGAUAUUG